AUGUCAGGAAAAGGAAAAGGAGGACGCGGCGAGAAGAAGAGCACCACCGCUAGUGCCAAGGCUGGACUUCAGUUCCCAGUUGGUCGUAUCGGGCGUUACCUCCGUCAAGGCAAAUACGCUACCCGUAUGGGUGCCGGAGCACCAGUAUACCUGGCGGCUGUACUCGAAUACCUUUGCGCCGAAAUUCUGGAAUUGGCAGGCAAUGCCGCCCGUGACAACAAGAAGAGCCGCAUUGUCCCUCGGCACAUUACCUUGGCCGUCAAGAAUGAUGAAGAGUUGAACAAGCUGCUUGGAGGUGUGACAAUUGCCAGUGGAGGAGUGUUGCCCAACAUUCAUGCGGUUCUACUGCCCAAGAAGAGCGGAAAAUAA